UUGCGCAUGCUCAGACCAUAUCUAGGGUAACAAUGGCGCUGCCCGGUGAGAAAAGGAAGCGGGAAGAAGACAGAGAGUGUGAAGCCUUUGGCAAGGGGUCAGAGCUAACAGCAUCUCAGAAACAUCCGCUUCCUGGUUUCAGUCUGCAGGCCGUGCUUAGGGAAAGCGCAAGGGACAAGACCGUAUUCCUGCACGGAACGGUAACCAACGAUGGCUCUGAAGAAUCCAGAGAUGCUGUGGUUAUCUUGGAGAAGACCCCCUUUCAAGUGGAUACAGUCUCUAGUCUUCUGGGCAGUCAGUCUGAGAUGAAGCUCCAGUUUGUAAAUGAUAUUUAUAGCGUUUACCACUUGAAUCCGCCUCCGGAGCUUAAUGAAGUGAAAACAACAAUUAUUUGCCCUGCAACAGAAAAACACAUUAAGAAAUAUCAGCGGCAAGAAGUUUAUUUAAUUAAUGAAAGUGGAGAAGACUAUCGGUCGAUCACACUGCCGUUCAUCGAGGCUCAGAGCUUCAGCAUACAGUGGGUCUAUAACAUCCUGGAGAAGAAAGCUGAGGCUGAUCGAAUUAUAUAUGAGAACCCAGAUCCCUCCAAUGGCUUCAUCCUCAUCCCUGAUUUUAAAUGGAAUCAGAAACAGGUAGAUGAUCUUUACCUCAUUGCUAUAUCUCAUGCACGGGGCAUUAAAUCGCUGCGGGACCUGACCACAGAGCAUCUACCACUCCUUAAGAAUAUUUUGCUGGAAGGGCAGGUGAGAAUGACCCGAUUAAUAUAG